AUGUCAAGUUCGGAGGUGAAAGAGGCUAAUUCGCCUUCAUCGGACGAAUCUCGAGAAGCCGGUGAUCGCAGAUCUUUGGCAUGCAGUGAGUUGAGUUACAGAGCUUAUAAUGAUGAAGACUCCGAUAAACCAAUGUUUGAGAUAGGUCGAGAUGUGGCACACUUGAAGUCAGGUACAAGCUUUAAUGCGGAGACAACUUCACAGAUCUGUUCUUUGGCUCGGACACUUUCGCGGAGAAUUAGUAAGGAAGACGCGGGAAAGAGAGAUCCUAAUGCUUUCAAUGCGGAAAACAUUCUGUCUCGGUUUGUUAAUGAUGCUUCUGAUCAGGGGAUCCACUUUAGGAAGACUGGUGUGAUUUUGGAGGACGUUGGCGCUGAGGGCGAUGAUGAGAGCGCUCUUGAAGGAGUCACGUUUGGUAACAUUCUUUGCCUGCCGCUUACCAUCUACAGGGGGAUCAAGGCGAGAAAGAACCGCAAGAUGAGAAAGAUCCUGCGGGGCGUACACGUUUUGGCCAAGCCGGGCGAAAUGGUGUUGGUACUGGGUAGACCGGGCGCCGGUUGUUCUUCUUUGCUGAAGACUACGGCAGGCGUGAUCGAUCAGUUUUCUGGCGGUGUAAGUGGUUCUAUCUCAUACGAUGGUAUUCCACAAGCUGAGAUGAUGAAGCAUUUCAAAUCGGAUGUUAUAUACAAUGGAGAGCUGGAUGUGCAUUUUCCUUACCUGACCGUGAAGCAGACUUUGGAUUUUGCCAUCGCCUGCAAGACGCCUGCAAGAAGAGUCAACAAUGUUUCUAGACAAGAAUACAUCGAGCACACCAGAGAUUUUUACGCGACGAUCUUUGGUCUCACUCACACUUACGAUACACGGGUGGGUAACGACUUCGUGAGAGGUGUCUCUGGUGGUGAAAGGAAGCGUGUUUCGAUCGCUGAGGCGGUCGUCGCCAGAGGCUCCGUGUAUUGCUGGGAUAACGCUACGAGGGGUUUGGAUGCCUCUACUGCUUUAGAGUACGCCAGGGCCAUUCGUAUCAUGACAAAUUUGCAGCAGUCUACCGCUUUUGUCACCAUCUAUCAGGCAAGUGAGAAUAUUUACAAUACAUUCGACAAAGUUACCGUACUGUAUGCGGGCAGACAAGUGUAUUUUGGUGCAAUCGAGGACGCUAAAGAUUAUUUUUGGAGAAUGGGAUACGAAUGUCCUGCGAGACAGGAUACCGCAGAGUAUCUGACGGUCUUGACGGAUCCUAACGGUUUGCACCAGAUCAGACCGGGUUUCGAGAAAAGAGUACCCAGAACGGCCGAAGAAUUUGAAAAGUACUGGCAAAAUUCACCCGAAUACGCUCAGUUACUGAAAGAUAUUGAAGAAUAUAAGGCCAACGUUGACACAGAAAAGACUAGACAGAUCUACCACGACUCGAUGGUACAGGAGAAAUCCAAGCAUGCGCGGAAAAGCUCUUACUAUACCGUUUCAUAUUGGAAACAGCUGCAAUUGUGUACCCAGAGAGGAUUCCAGAGAAUUUACGGCAAUAAAUCCUAUACCGUGAUCAACAUCGUUGCAGCAGUGAUACAGGCAUUCAUAGUGGGAUCUCUGUGUUACAAUACCCCAUCCUCCACAAGUGGCGCCUUUACAAGAGGUGGUGUCCUUUAUUUUGCUUUGUUGUAUUACUCAUUGAUGGCUUUAGCAAAUAUCACUUUGGAUUACAGACCAAUUCUUCAGAAACACAAGAACUAUUCCCUGUACCAUCCAUCGGCAGAGGCACUUGGUGCUAAUAUCGCGGGUUUCCCCUUCAGAAUGAUUGGUUUGACCUUGUUUAUCAUCAUAUUGUAUUUUCUAGCUGGUUUGCACACUAGUGCUGGGAGUUUCUUCAUCGUUUACCUCUUUUUAACUAUGUGUUCCGAAGCCAUCAAUGGACUCUUUGAAAUGAUCACCGCUGGUUGUGAUACAAUUUCUCAGGCCAAUGCAAUUGCCGGUAUUUUGAUGAUGUCCAUUUCAAUGUACUCAACUUAUAUGAUUCAAUUGCCCUCAAUGCACCCUUGGUUUAUUUGGAUUGCCUAUAUCUUGCCCAUCAGAUACGCUUUCGAGUCCAUGCUAAAUGCUGAGUUCCAUGGUAGACAUAUGGACUGUGGUGGUGGUGUUAUUCCAUCUGGUCCGGGAUACGAAAAUGUCACUGCCAAUGAAAAAGUUUGCGCAUUUGUAGGUUCCCAACCAGGCCAGUCUUGGGUUUUAGGGGAUGACUAUCUGAAAAUACAAUUCGAGUACGAAUACAAGCACACAUGGAGAAAUUUUGGUAUCUUAUGGUGCUUCUUAAUUGGUUAUAUUGCAAUCAAAGCCAUCAUUACCGAAAUUAAACGCCCAGUCAAGGGAGGUGGUGAUGCUUUGAUCUUCAAAAAGGGCCACAAAGCAUUGGCCAGAAAGGCAAGGCUUGACGACGAAGAGGCUGCCGAUAACAUGAACAUCGCAGACGUUAAAGAGAAGUUGUCGAAUGGAGAAAGCAUUAUUUCAAGUCAAGCCAAUGCGGAUGCAUUCGAAGAAUUGCAAAGUAGCGGUGUUUUCAUAUGGAAAAAUGUGAACUAUACGAUUCCUUAUAGGGGAGGCAUGAGGCAGCUUUUGGACAAUGUAUCCGGUUACUGCGCUCCAGGUACCAUGACUGCGCUAAUGGGAGAAUCGGGUGCUGGUAAGACAACGCUUUUGAAUACUUUAGCACAAAGGAACGUCGGGAUCAUUACAGGAGACAUGCUAGUUAACGGGUGUCCAAUUGACGCUAGUUUCGAGAGAAGGACGGGAUACGUCCAGCAACAAGAUUUGCACAUAGCUGAAAUGACUGUUAGAGAAUCUUUGAUAUUUUCAGCUCGUAUGCGUCGGAAUCAGUCCGUCCCAGAUAAAGAAAAGCUUGAGUUCGUCGAAAAGAUUAUUGACAUUUUGGACAUGAACGAAUACGCCGAAGCUCUAGUUGGUGAACUGGGAGCUGGUUUGAAUGUUGAGCAGAGGAAAAAGUUAUCGAUUGGUGUCGAAUUGGUUGCAAAACCAGAUCUUCUUUUGUUUUUGGAUGAACCAACAUCUGGGCUUGACUCCCAAUCAGCUUGGGCGAUCGUUCAGAUUUUGAGAAAGCUGACGGCCGCUGGUCAAUCAAUCUUGUGUACCAUCCAUCAGCCCUCAGCUACCCUUUUCGAACAGUUUGACAGACUCCUACUGUUGAAAAAGGGUGGUCAAACAGUUUACUUUGGCGAUGUGGGUCCCAACUCAUCCACUUUGUUGGAUUAUUUUGAAAGAAGUGGUGCCAGAAAAUGUCACAAGAGCGAAAAUCCUGCUGAAUAUAUUUUGGAAGCAAUUGGCGCGGGCGCAACCGCUAGCGUCGACGAAGAUUGGCACGAAAUUUGGAAGAACUCUCCAGAGUUUAAGGCCAAUGAAGAAAAGAUUGAAAGCAUGAUGAGAGAGCUAUCCUCUAAGGAGAAGGACUCUGCAAAAUCUAAGGAAGAUGUCAGGAAAUAUGCCACGGGAUACUUCUACCAGUUCAAGCACGUCUACUGGAGAACAGCUACCAUCUUCUGGAGAGACGUGAACUAUCUAAUGUCCAAACUCAUGUUGAUGCUGGUUGGCGGUCUGUACGUCGGUUUUACAUUUUUUGAUGUUGGUAACAGUUAUACCGGUUUACAAAACACUUUGUUCGCUACGUUUAUCUCUAUCGUUCUAUCCGCGCCAGCCAUGAAUCAAAUCCAAGCUCGUGCUUUGGCUUCCAGGGAGCUGUUUGAGGUUAGAGAGUCUAAAUCUAAUAUGUUCCACUGGUCUCUACUGCUAAUAUCCCAAUAUCUAUGUGAGAUCCCCUAUCAUUUUGUGUUCUCCACUAUUUACUUUGUCAGCUUCUACUUCCCAUUGAAAAACUUCUUUGAGGCGUCAAGAUCGGCGGUUUUCUUCUUGAAUUACUCUAUUGUGUUCCAACUAUACUAUGUCGCCCUAGGUCUAAUGGUCUUAUACAUGGCACCUAACCUGCCUUCUGCUGCUGUGAUGAUGGGCCUGGUUCUUUCUUUCUUAUUGUCGUUCUGUGGAGUUGUUCAGCCGCCAUCACUGAUGCCAGGUUUCUGGACUUUUAUGUGGAAAGUUUCGCCAUACACCUACUUUGUCCAAAACUUACUGGGCAUAGUGUUACAUGGCAAGAAAGUCGUCUGUAAACAAAAGGAGCUCUCCUUCUUCGAUGCGCCCAGCGGCAUGACUUGCGGAGAAUACAUGGAACCUUUCCUUUCCAGGGCCACUGGUUACAUUCAGAAUCCAAACGCAACAGAAAACUGUGCUUAUUGUCAGUUCUCGGUUGGAGAUGAUUACUUGACAAGGAUAAGUGCGAGCUAUUCGUACCUAUGGAGGAAUUUCGGUUUCUACUGGGCUUACAUCGGCUUCAACCUUUGCGCCAUGAUCGGGAUCUACUACAUGUUCCAUGUGAGGAAAGUUGGCUUGAUUGAUUUCGGCGCCAUCAAGAACAUUUUGUCCACGGUUAAGAGCAAGAUGCCUUUUAGCAGAAGGAAGAUAAGUUCUGCUCAAUGA